UAUGAUAAAUCGUAUAUUAUUAUAAACAUGGAACAAAUUGGCAUUUUAGACUAGAUAUUUUAAUGCUUAGGCUCCUGCAACUUAAAGUGAAAAAUUGUUAUAAUUUACUGAUGCAUUGACUAAAUAAUAAUUGAGAGAUACUAAAUAAUAGGUGUCAUAAGGAAGAUCUUGGAAAGUAGAAGAGUUGAGAUUAAAAUCAACAGAAGAUUUAACAAAAUUAUGGUACAUUUUGAAAUUAAUGAUUGAAGGUAUGUAAUGUUGAAAGAAAAGAAUUUAUUAUUAUCAGAUGGCAUAUUUUUCAAAAAAGUAGUAGGUGUCAAAGGUAGAAUGGGAAAACUUGUACAACUUAAAAAAUCAAUGGCUAGAUUAAAAACAGUUGUUAAAGAGAGAGAAAUCAUUAGAUAAAAAUAUAGAAGAUAAUUAGAGGAUGAGUAUGUUAAAUAAAAAACAGAAUAAUAUUUAGCUUAAGUAUAUUAUUAAUAUAAUAUGAAAGCAAUAAGAAAUAAUUAAAUAAGAAAUUGAAGUACCAGAAAUAACUACAAAUCUUUUAAGAGCUAAAGUUAGAGAUCUUAAAUUAGGAAAAGAUGAUGUUUCAUAUAUUGAAGAAGCAUUAAAUAUUAAACAUAAGAAAGAAAAUUAUAAAUAGUAUCUAAAAGAGAAAUAUGAUUAUAAAAAUAAACCAAUUGUUAGAUUAGGAGAUAGUCUUCCAGAAGGAAAGACAGAAGUAAACAUUCUAUUAAUAAUAAUGAGGAUUAAGUUAUUAGAUAAUUUAAGUCUACUGUUUAAGAAUAAAUUUAAGCUGCUAAACCUAUACCUUAAGAUGAAAUCUUGAGAUCACAUGUUAAAAAUUGGUUUAUGUUGGGUCCAAAAUAAAAGAGAGUUAUUGUGAAUUUCUUAUAAGCAAGAAGAGCUAGAGAAUCUAAAUAAUUAUUUUUAAGAGAAUUAGAUUUAUUAGGAUAGAAGAUUAGAUAUGAUUUGCAAUAAUACCAAUAAUAAAAAUAAGCAUAAUAGUAAUGAU